AUCAACAUUACAAGAUGCAACUCUGUUUCUCGAUUACCCUUUCGAUUGCCGUCCUUCUGGGUAACUCCAUCAAGCUCCGAGCUACAAUUACUGGGCCGGCUCCUGCUGGUGGGGAUGGUCCUGGGUCUCAGGUUUGUCCAAUGUGCUGCCAGGGACCUGCUGGAACACCCGGAAUUCCGGGCCUACCAGGAAAUCAGGGUCAGUUUGGACCUGCAGGGGUCAAGGGCGAUGCUGGGGUCAACGGUCAGAAGGGUGAGAUAGGUCCAGUCGGUGCUGUUGGGAACCCUGGCCCAAGAGGGGACGAUGGAGUGGGCCUGCCCGGCAAGGUAGGUCCCAGAGGUCCACCUGGUUUAAUUGGAGCCAACGGGGAAUUAGGUGCAAAAGGUCAAAAGGGCGAGCCGGGGGAGACUCCAGAUAAAUCCACCAACCGCGUGGCAUUCACAGUGACGCGAAUGAGCCGCUCGCAUUCCUCUACGAAUCACAACACCCAAUUGCCAUUCGAGCUCGCAGAGGUAAUUCUGCCGGGUACCAGCUUUGAUCUUGCAACUGGGACAUUCACUUGUGAUGUGCCAGGUACCUACGUUUUCACGUUUUCUGUUGGAAAAUAUGGCGGCAACUCGCUGAACGUUCAUCUCAGGAAAAACGACGACUGGGUUGUCUCUGGCCUUAGCACUGACUCAGGUCCGAAUGAGCAGGUGUCUGGGAGCGCAGUGCUGCUUCUGCAGCAAGGAGACUUAGUGUAUUUGACCAUGCUUGGUAGGGCGUGGAGUACCUCAUAUCACUACACCUCAUUCAGUGGCUUUCUUCUUUACGCCGAUUAAAUAAACAGCAACCAAACGUAAAAUGUACACCAUGUAUAUUUUUAUUUAUUUUUAUUACUGGUGGGAUUACACAGAAACCUGCAGUCUUCUUAAAGUGUUGAAAAUGUGUUCACUCUCUAAUUUAAUGCCAAUUUUAACGAAUCAAAUUUAAUCAUAUCAAAUUACUCUAUUGGUGAAUUGUGUCGGUCUCGACCUUCUGUUGAUUCCGUCACUAGAUGUUAAAAAAUCUUGGUUUGCCUUUGGCACUGUCACUCUCCUUGUUCGUCACUUAAAGGCCUGUUUCUUUUUGCUGUCUUUGCUAUCUGAUUUUCAAAUGUUCCCUGAACUCCUUCACAAAAUAAAACCAUGCUGAUUAUUCUUGCUUUUGACACCCGCCCUGCGACGCUGUAUGAAUUUUUACCCACACGGUCUCGGGAGCGGAAUAUUCGUUGAGUCCAUUUCAUUUUUCAGGGUUGCAGAGCCUGCGUCCGUCCUAAAGGUAUAUUAAUGCUUCAGUGGCUGUCCCCUAGCCUCUACAGCUCUAACAAACCACCAAAAACCAUCAAAAGUGAAUUGCAGUACCGAGGGGGGGUUACCAGGCUAUCCUGAUUUGAGGGGGCCCUUGCCAUGCACCAGCCAAGCCACGCCACCACCACAACACCCCCCAACCAAAAUAACACUUCAAAGACAGCUGAAAGAGG